AUGGCUUUUUCAAUGCGAAUUUUACGAAAGUUUCGGGGGAAAAGACUACCGUUAACAAUUAUGUUUCUACUUAUAUGUACAAGUUUUUUAUUCAUUGAAACAACUAAAUAUGGUGAACAACAAUUAAUUUCUCAGAUGAAUCUGGAAGUUACUGAUAAACCUAAUCAUGAAAAACAUAAUCAUAUUGAAAAUAAUAGAAAUCAUAAUAAUCAAAAUGGAGUUGAAGUUAAUAAUUAUAAAAAAAUUAUUAUCUUUCCGCACUGGACCCCAUUGAAUAAUAAAGAAAUUAAAAAUUAUUAUACAGAUUAUCUUGAUUUAAAAUUACCCCCUGACGAAAAUUAUAUAAUUGGUAAACAUGAUUCAGAAAUUAAUCAACAAGAUAAACUAUUGGGAUCUUGGAUAAAUGAAAAACGAGGGUUUAGUAAAUAUCGUGGAGAAAUUUUCAAAUCAGGAAAUGAUAAAGAAGCAUGUUCAACAAUAUCAAGUUAUAUUAAUUUUGAAGUGACACCAAAACAAAAUUUUAAUAGUAAUUUAACUGAUGUUGUUAAAAAUUUUAUGGAUUCUAAAUCAGAUUAUUUCUUAGAAUUGCAACCUUUUUUAAAGGAAGUUCCGGAACAAAUAGAAAAGGGAACAAUUAACGAUCAUUGGUUUCAAAUGGUUGGUAGUUCAGUGUUUUUAAAAGAAUAUGGUGUUCAUUUAAUGAUAUCUAGAAUCAUGUAUUCACCAUUGGGUUCUAAAAAUGAACCAUUGUUUUCCUUUGCUUAUGCUCAAAUAUUUAAUACAAAUUGGGAAGAAUUGAAAAAUGUUGAAUUAAUUGUACCUGAUAACACAAAUGAAUCGAUGAAAAUGGUAUCAUAUCCUGGAAUAUUGAGUAUUCCUAUACAUCAUGAUUAUAGAGAAGUUAAGAAAUCUUAUUUUGGUCCCGAAGAUCCAAGACUUGUUCUUGUUAAAAAUGACGAAGGUUAUGAAGAACCUUUAAUUGUAUUCAAUGCAUUCCAUAGAAAGAUCUCUUCUAUUGAUGAAACCGUUGAUGGAUAUAAGAACGUGAAGUAUCAAUAUUUUAGAUCUAUGUUUAUGAGUUUUUUAUGGAAAUCACAAUCCGGGAAAAGAAAUAUUGAAGAAUCGGAUGAUAUGGAAUGGAGAGUUUAUUUGAAAACAAAAGAAAUAAGAGUAAUUGAUACACCAAGAGAAUCUACUGAGAAGAAUUGGACUCCAAUGAUCAGUCAUAUUGAACGUCAAUUGCAUAAAUUUGAUAGAUUUAUUUAUUUUGUUUACAAAUGGUCUGAUUUACAGGUUCUUAAGUGUUCAUUAGACGAAGGGUUUUGUCAAUUUGUAUACAAAUUACCAUCCAAAGCACAAAAAUCAAAGGACAGUGAUAAAGAUGAUGAAAUUGGUGCAUUAAGAGGAGGUACACCAAUGAUUAAUAUUCGUGAUUUGAACAUUCCAGAAAUUAACAAGAGAUUACCUUCUGGUAAAGAAAUUUGGAUUGGUUUCCCAAGAGCUCAUUUAACAAAUUGUGGAUGUAGUAAUCAUAUGUAUAGACCAAAUUUGGCAGUUAUUUCCAAAACAGGAACAAAUUUCAAAAUCAGUCAUAUAUCUUCAUUUAUGUCAUUUAAUGUUGAAUUAAUUGGCUGGUAUCCAAAUCAAGAAAAAUUAUGUGAUCCAAAUAUUCAAAGUGUUUUCAUUCCAAAUGGUAUUUCAGAAUGGGUCUUUGAUGGAGAAACCGAUUUGAUGACAUUGACAUUUUCAUUAAGUGAUGUUACUGUUGAUAUGAUUCAAAUUAGAGGUUUAUUAAAAGCACUAAUGGAUGAAAAAUUGGAUAUAUUUGAAGGUGGGGAAAUCAGCAAAGUUGGAUUCAAUAAUCGAAAUAUAGAUUGUGCUCUUGAUAGUUCCAAGAAUUAUUGUAACUUAAUGCAUCAAUUACUGGGUGAUGAAACAAGAGAAUCCAAACAGUGGGCAGAAAGUUCUUAA